AUGAGCCAAUUCGCUCAAGGAGAAUCGCCUUUGGGCGAGUUCCAUUACUUCCCUCUCUUGCCCAAAGAGCUACGGGACAUGGUAUGGAAUUUUGCUGCUCAAUCUCAGCUAUCGGCCCCAUCAAUGCACUUUUUCCAAUUGCAGACCGUCUUGGAAGAAAACCGUACACUAGAGGGACGGGACAAUGUUGAAAAAUGCAUUCUUACAGUACCCAAGCACUCUGGAUUCGCAGAUGGCCUGGGCUUCAGGCACAAUCCGUCGUCGUACCUCAACGACUUGGCCGUUUGGGAUGCGUGCUGCGAGUCGCGGCACCUACUAGAGGCGGGGCGGGCUAGGGCGGCCAACAACGACAAGAGCGAUGGCCGCAUCAUGACGGUGCGGAAUAAGCUGCCAGACGAGGAUCUGCCCUGGAAAAAGGGUCUAAGCGGCUGGCAGACGCCGGGACAGACGUGCCAUUGUGCAUAUGGAUUGCACCAGCCAUCAGAAAUCGACAAUGACGGCGACGACAAUGGCAGCAGCAGUACACAUCGAAAUCUUCUCAUCAACCUCGAGCAAGAUGUCCUCUGCCUUACCCUGGACUUGCCAAACUUGAAGGCCUUUAUGCGCGACGGCAAUGAGCUGCUAGAGAUCCCCGAGCUGAGGGGCUUAAAGGACGGAUACCCCGUGCGCAAGAUAGCGCUGCAGUACCACCCCGACUGGAUCGGCGGUCGUGACGGUAUUGAACCGCAACAGGAGGACGGUUUACGUGAUGUCCUGGAUGUACUUUCACAGUACCCAUACUUUCCGCUCCUGGAGUGUCUCUACCUUAUUGACUACAGAAUCACCCCGCGUGAUGGGACCCGUGCGCUGAGCAGCAGCACUGUAGAAUCCCAGCCAGAGACCAAGGUUUUCGAGGCUCGGGGCAUGAGCUUUCACGAGGUUGCAAAGGACGACCAAGACUGGUGUUUGCCGGAUGACCGCCCUUUUACGCUCCUUGCAGCCAUGGCGGAGACAAACGCCAUGGGCCGGGGUAUCUGGACCGAGCCCGUGGAAGAAGCGCAAGGCGAGGAGGAAAGCCAAGAGUUCCGCAAGAUCCGGGAUUGGGCUGGAAAAUGGGGUUUGAAGUGGGAACAAAAGUGCCAGUUCAAGGUUCUGGCUUGCUUGCCUGCCUAG